UGUAGUCGGAAUGUUUAUCGAUUAAAUCGAAACUGAAGUUCUGUGAGGCCGAUUUGAGAGGCGUACAACCUCCCAGCAUCGAGCUCAUGUUUUUAUUUUCUUUGUUGUAUAAACAAAUAGUUUUCCUUUUCCCUAAAUGAAUUUUCCGAGGGUACUAUUGAGCGGAAACGAGACGUUUCGGAGCUCGGAGCGUGCCGAAAUUGAAACUGUUCGUUAAUUAAAAUGUUUUACCCUUGAAAAUUGUAAACACGACAUAUCCUCGGAUUAUGCUGAUCUGAAGAGAAGGAUGGAAGACCUGUUGAUAAGCGAGGUGAGCAAUUACCCGAGCCUGUACGACCAGAGCCUCGACACUUACAAAGAUAGCGAAUUGAAGAACAAGAUUUGGGGCCAGAUCACUGCUCACAUACUCGGAGGAUCAGAUGCUGACUCUGUUGAGAAAGUGAAGACACGAUGGAAAAGUCUUAGAGAUAGUUUUCUGAGGAAUUUGAAAAAAGCCGGAGUCCAAGGGAACAAAAAGAUCAAACCGUGGAAAUAUUCAGAUCAGAUGCAGUUUCUCCUUCCAUAUAUCGGGAGCAAGGGUACAGCAUCGGUGAAAGAAGAGCUUGGUUACGAUGAUUCUGCAGGAACCAUGAAUGGUGACACGUCGCAAGAUUUUGCCGAAAUGUUGGUCGAAUCGGACCAUGUGCAAAACGGUAUCGACGAAAGAUUGCACAAAAAAAGGGUAUCUGUGAAUGAAAGGACUGUGAAACGUUUAAAGAACCAUGUCACAGGUUCGAAUUACAUGAAACCCUUUCUCAGUUGCCAGAACGACCCGAUUGAUUCUUUCUUUCUUGGUAUCGCCCAGACUGUCAAGAAGCUUUCACCUUUCAACCAGGCCUUUAUUAAGAAAGCGAUAGCGAAUCUCGUCAUCGAUACUGAAAUUAAUGAACUGGAAGAUUCGAAUGGUUGGCAGCAGAGGAGUCCGCCUGGGGAGUACCCGCAGAGUAUUUAUGAGCCAACUGUUGAAAUGAAAGUGCCCACAGAGAAAAUUGUACAUUCCUCUUCCUCGACAUCCCUUUCGUCAUAUUCAAUGGAAUCGGAUACAUAAUUCAAUCAAUCAACUAUUAAAUUUCAAAAAUGAAAAAUUUAAAUUUAAAAAUUAAAUUGUAUAUAUUCAUUGUACAAUCAUUUUAUUAUUAAUUUUUUAUGUAAACUUUUUUUAAUCUUAGGAAUAAAAUUAGGAAUCUCGAAUUGAAUAAAUUAAAUAUGUUAUAUGUUUAUAAAAGAAUUAAUGUUAAGCAUCCUUUCAGUCUGUCCCCGAGGUGAUCUAUUAUAUUGAUUCUAUUUCUAAAUACUCAUUUUUAAAAUUAAUGUUAUUUUUAAUGGUUUAAAUAAGUUUUGUUUGAUUGUUUUAAUGCUGAAUUAGGUUAUCAAUAUGAUGGCUGUUGAUAUAGUUAAACCGAAUCUGUUGAUAUAUCUCAGAUAAAAAUUUGAAGGACAAAAAUCAGUAUUAGAACUAAAAACUUAAUUAAAAUUGUGAUAUUUGUAAUUAAUUUAAGAGUACACUCUUUUUCUCUAGAAUUGAUUUAUUAAAAACUUUUCCCUGCCAAAUAAUUUUUUAGUAAAGAGACGUCCGUUUGAUUAAUUAAUUUGUGAAAUUGGUUAUGCCAUUGCAAAGUGAAGUUUUUAUUUACAGAUGGCAGUGUGGUUGAUCAAAAUUAAAUUAACGUUAUUGUUACUGUUUUUUAUUGUCAAAAAACUCUACUUUACAAUGAGCUCAUAAUGAAGGAAUGUUUCUGACCAUGGAAAUGUAAAUAAAUAUAUACAAUUUUAUAAAUAUAAAGUGUUAAUAAUAAUUUUAAAGUUAAUUAAAUUAAUAGAAAUUUGAACCUUACAAAGCUGAUAUUAAAUGUGAGGAAACUCAUUCUUAUUCUCUUCAAAAAUUUUGUUUGUUAAAAGUAUUGUAUGCCAUAAAAAUGAAAAUGAAAAAUAAUUUCUCUUUAUGGAAAGUCAACUAUUUUUAUAACUUUUUGUAAUAUUUAAAUGUUCAUGUGAUGUUUUACUGAUGUGACUUUUUAUUUUUAUUUUGCACCAAUAAUCUAAAAAUCUUUCUAAGUAGAAGUUGCUCUCAAGUUUUAUAGAAGAGACUAUUCUGUUAGUCUUUAAGGUAUUGUUGUUGUUGGUUUAAUUUGUAUUCUCCAUAAAACACAUCAACACUAUAAACACUAAAUAUCAUUUUUCAACGUAGAGUGUGAAAUAUUUUUAAUUUAGUACUUUUUUCAGACCUGACAUUACACAACAUGUGUUAAGAACAUGUUGAUACUAUAGUGUAACAAACUGAAUUAAUUAGAUAAUCGAUGUUUAUAAUAGUUAUUAUUUAGUUUUAUUCAUCUUCAUCAGUGAAUAGGUUUUGUAAUGAUGAUGCUUAAAAUUUGUUUAAUUUUAAUAUUGUCUUGUGUUCUGUUAA